GGCCAGAAGACAAACACGCAGGAAAGCGCAGAGGAAGAACCACACAGUAGGGUGGACAAAGUUCGUGUUUAUGAAAAAGCCGUGUUCCAGAAAGCCUCCAGCUUUACGUUGUAAAUGCCUUAACUUUAGAGACACUGUGAAAACGCAACGUUAAUGCUAUUGAAUACGCUUUCUAUAAAACAUGUCGGAUGACAAUACAUCUGCAGAUGUGAAGCGCGCUUGUGGAGAUGAAGAGAAGCCUUCUUGUGACUCAAAGGAGCAGGGUUUUAAACCAGUACCGGAGGUCAACGUGACCCGCUCCUCCAGAUUUCUGCAGGUUGAACUGGAGUUGAACACCCACAUCCGUCGGCUCACCUUCAGUGACCCUGUCCGGUACACUUACAACCCGCUGGAGUACGCCUGGGACACCCACCGCUGCUACGUGGAGAAGUACUGUCAGGGCGGACAAAGGAUCCUGUUUUUGGGGAUGAAUCCAGGACCUUUCGGCAUGGCACAGACGGGGGUCCCCUUUGGUGAAAUAAGGUCAGUUGUUGAUUGGCUGAAGAUCACAGGGGAGGUCGGUCAUCCUCCUGAUGAGCAUCCAAAGCGACGGAUCACAGGCCUUGCCUGCACUCAGAGUGAAGUGAGUGGCGCACGUUUUUGGGGCUUCUUCAGAAAGUUGUGUGGUGAACCAGCACUGUUCUUCCAACACUGCUUUGUGCACAAUCUAUGCCCACUCAUUUUCAUGAGUGCCAGUGGAAAGAAUUUAACCCCCCCUGAGCUGAUUCCAGGUGAACGGGAUGCCCUCCUGGCCCUUUGUGACAUUGCACUGUGCCAGGUGGUGGAAGUACUGGGCGUCUCCAUGGUGAUCGGGGUUGGAAGAGUUGCAGAGCAGCGGGCGCGGCGAGCUCUGUCCACUGCAGGUGUCGAUGUGCGAGUCGAGGGCAUCAUGCAUCCGUCGCCCAGGAACCCACUAGCCAAUAAGGGCUGGGAGGAAGUAGCCAAAGCCAAGCUGGCAGAACUUGGUGUCAUGGCACUGCUGAACAACAUCGCAGUCUGUGUGUCUGAUCUUCAGUGACAAUGGCAGCAAAUAGCUCCAAGGAGAGUGUUAGUACACUUAUGUCUUCCACCUCUGUCAUCACUAAUACUGCAAAUGCAUGCACGUUUCUCUCUUCCGUAAAGAUCUGUCUGUUCAUUUCGAGAUGGGUUUAUUUUAUGGUGCAUGCAGAGCAUGACUGUAGGUUGUGCGCCAUUCAUUGUAAAAUAUCUAUACACUAAUGUAAGUAUAAGGUACUUUGGAUAUAUGUGUAAGUUUAUAUUUGUAAGCUCAAGGUGUUUGUGAAAAUUCAGUGUUUAAGUGUCCUUGUCGGUUAAUUGCAUUCAUUAAACUUCUUAAGACUAUAGUUUGGGGGGGGGAGCUCUAUACUUAAAAUGAGUAUGUGUAAACUUUCAGUUCAGCCUUAUCACAGGCAUUGCAGCCUGUCCCAUUAUGUAUUAGCUAAUGAUGAUACAUAUUGGGACACACAAUGACGCCUAAACAUGACUACGAAAAAUACAUUUCAAAAUGCAGUUCUGUGAAUGCACAUAUUAGACAUUUUAAUUUACCUGCAAAAGGUAUUAAUUUACCAAAUUGAACAAUUGUCAUUAUAACUUUUCUGCAUACAUUGUAUAAACAAGGUCUUAUAUGUACAUGCGUUACAGACCUACUGUAACUUUUGACUGGUGACAUUACAGUUCAGAAAUAUUCUGAUAUGACAAAAAAUAGUUUGUAAAAAUACAGUUCUAUGUAUUGUUCAUGCUGGACUAUUCUUUUGUUUUCUUUUUUUAAGUGUCUUUUUAGUUGUCUUGUAUGUAUUUUAUUUGUUUACACACUGAUUUUAUCCACAUGUUUACCAAUUCUGUGUAUUUCUGGGCUCAGUACUCUUGAAAUCAAGAGCUUCCUGUUUAAAUAAAGAUUGGAUAAUGAAAUAUA